GAGUCUGUUAAAUAAAACACUACGUCUGUUCAGUCCGUUGCUAGCCUGAGCUAAGAGACGCAGAAUGCCUUCACUGACUCUGCGUGGAGUGACCGUUAAUUUCCCUUUUCCUCCAUAUGACUGUCAGAAAGACUACAUGAGCAAAGUGAUUGAAUGUCUUCAGAGGAAGACGAAUGGGGUUCUGGAGAGUCCCACAGGAACCGGUAAAACCCUGUGUCUGCUGUGUGCCACCCUGGCAUGGAGGGAGCACUUCAAGGACACCAUCUCUGCCCGCAAGAUAGCAGAGAGGCUGCAAGGGGGGGAGAUGUUCCCGAACACACCGCUGGCAUCCUGGGGGACAGCUGCUACCGACGGGGACACGCCGACCUACUACACUGAUGUCCCCAAGAUCAUAUAUGCAUCCAGGACACACUCUCAGCUCACACAGGUUAUCAGUGAGUUAAAGAACAGUUCAUACAGGCCAAAGGUGUGUGUGCUGGGGUCAAGAGAGCAGCUGUGUAUCAACCAGGAAGUGAUGCGCCAGGAGAGUAACCACGUCAAGGUCCAUAUGUGCAGAGGGAAAGUUUCCACCAGGUCAUGUGUCUACUACAAUAAUGUUGAAGAGAAGAGCACUGACAAGGACUUGGUGAACUCCAUCCUCGAUGUUGAAGACUUGGUCAAGUUCGGCAGCAAACAGAGGGUCUGUCCUUACUACCUCUCCCGUUCCAUAAAGCAGCAGGCAGAUAUUAUUUUCAUGCCAUACAACUACCUGCUGGAUCCAAAGAGCCGCAGGGCGCACAAUAUUGAGCUGAACGGAGCUGUGGUCAUUUUUGAUGAAGCUCAUAAUGUGGAAAAGACGUGUGAAGAGGUAACAUCGUUUGACCUCACUCCCUAUGAUGUGGCCUCAGCCAUUACCGCUGUAGACAGGCUGCUGGUGGACCAGGCUAAACAAGUCAGCCAUGGAGACUCUGUGACGGAGGACUUCAACGUGGAGUCCCUCACCUCUGGUUUAAAAAUAGAAUUAGACACCAUUGCUAAAAUCAAACAGAUUCUGCUGGAUCUGGAGGCUGCUAUUGAUUCCUAUGACGUUCCAAGUGACAAAGGCAUCACAAAACCUGGAAUCUUCAUCUAUGAGCUGUUAGAGAGAGCUCACCUGACCUACAGCAGCAAGACAGCUGUGUAUGAAGCUCUGGAGCAGAUCAUUGGAUGCUUUGCAGGACGGACAGGAGUAUUCCUGAACACAAGUGGACUGCAGAAGCUGGCUGAUAUCAUACAGCUGGUGUUCUGCGGUGAACCAUCAGAAAAAGACAGACAGCAGCAGAUGCAGUCCAACACGUCUAACUUUAAGGUUCAUAUCCACAAAGACACCAGCUAUCACAAGAAAAAGAACACCGAUGUGUGGGCUCCAUCCUCAUCAAAGAAACAAGGCAACAUUCUGAGUUACUGGUGCUUCUCUCCUGGCUUCAGCAUGCAGGACCUGAAGAGUCAGGGUGUUCGCUGCAUCAUUCUGACCAGCGGCACCCUCUCUCCCCUGACCUCAUUUACCUCUGAGAUGAGGAUAGAAUUCCCAGUGUGUCUGGAGAACAGCCAUGUGAUUGAGCGGGACCAGAUCUUUGUUAGCAUCAUUGAACGAGGCCCAGAUGGAGAGCAGUUAAGUUCAGCUUUUGAUAGAAGGUUUGUUCCUGAAAAUAUGACGUCUUUAGGCAACACUGUGGCCAACCUGAGCCGUGUGGUUCCUCAUGGACUGCUAGUGUUUUUCCCCUCCUUCCCUUUGAUGGAAAAAACUCUUGAGUUCUGGAGAGCAAAUGGUCAUGCAGAUCGCAUAGACAGCAUCAAACCCAUUUUUGUUGAACCUAAGGGAAAGGGCACCUUCACUGAGGUUAUGGAGGGAUAUUACAGCAAAGUCAAUGAUCCAGCAUCCAAAGGGGGAUCCUUCUUUGCUGUGUGUCGAGGGAAGGCUAGCGAGGGUCUGGAUUUUGCCGACACCUUUGGUCGGGGUGUCAUCAUCACCGGCCUUCCCUUCCCUCCCAAGAUGGACCCUCGAGUCAUCCUGAAGAUGCAGUUCUUGGAUGAGAUGAGCAGGAAGAAAGCUCCUGGGCUGAAGUACCUGUCUGGGCAGGAGUGGUACAAACAGCAGGCUUUCAGGGCUGUGAACCAGGCCAUUGGCAGAGUCAUUCGCCAUAAAGAGGACUAUGGAGCCAUCUUCCUGUGUGACCAGAGGUUUAAGUCCUCUGAUGCCCGGGCCCAGCUUCCCUCAUGGGUUAGGCCUUAUGUGCGGCCCUAUGACGGCUUCGGAAAUGUGGUCCGGGACGUCUCCCAGUUCUUCAGGGUUGCAAAUAAAAUGAGGCCUAUGGUAGAAAAGAAGACUGCUGCAGAGAGCUGUGGGGCAGUGUGUUUGCUGAAUACCCAGCCCUCUGGCUUCCCUUCCCACUCAUCCUCCCAAAGCUCCCACACCCAGAAGGCCAAGGCGCUGGACGCCCACCUUCCCAGCCUGAAGAGGAGGAGGCUCAAUGGACACACUGGAGCCAACGGGAUGGACAGGAUCUGUAUUGAGUAUGAGUGCGAGGUGCAGGAGGGUCAGAAGAGACCAACAAACCUGCUGGAUGCUCUGGAGCGAGGCGACCGUCACAAUGGAGGAGAUGACGAUGGAGUGGUGGGAGAAGAGAAGGCAAACCGUUUGUCCACACUGUCUCUUCAGUAUGACAAGAGGAUGGAUGAUGAGUUGCGUGGAGGAAGACGUAAAAUCAAACUAGUCCAAGAGCAGAAAGCGAGCGUGUCGGAGGACGUGUCUGAGGAAGGUAAAGCCAGCAGGGCUAAGAGGUUCCUGGCAGAGAUGAAGAAGUCGCUGUGCCAGGUCAGCUUUGAUCGCAUCGUACAGGCUCUCCAGACCUACAAGAAGACCGACAACCUGGACGUCCUGCUGACUGAGACAGCUGUCCUAAGUGAGGACAGUCAUACCCACAGUCUGCUCCGCGGCUUCUACCAGUUUGUUCGUCCACAUCAUAAGAAGAGCUUUGAUGAGAAAUGCCAGGAGCUGACCGGACAAGGCUGUGGAUACAAAGCUGAUCACUCACUGUCAAAGGAUGAGAAGAAGGCACUGAUGGUGCAGAAUGCUCCAGACACACAGCCUGCUGUGGGUCUAACCUCCUCCACUGGGACGUCUACCUGCAGUCAGCUAAAUACACAGCAGCUCAACAGAGGGGGACACCACCUAAACCAGCAAGGAUUAAGAGAACCUCAGACUGGCUCUGCUCCAAAGAGUGAGCUCCACGCCGCUUUUCUGGCUGAUGUGAAAAAAGCUCUGGGAGCAGAAAAAUCAGCUCAGCUCUUCAAGGCCAUUCACAGCUACAAGAAGACGGACAACUACGAAAACCUGGUGACCACAGUGGUGAGCUUAUUCACAGAGAGAGAUGAGGACUUCGGUCUUCUAGUCAGAUUUGGCGUGUUUAUUCGCCCUCAGCAUAAGAAGCAGUACAAAGAGAUGUUGGAUGCUUUGAUAGGUCAGUCAGCAUCUGCUGCUGAUGUUCCUGCUGUGAGUGAAGACCAGCAAUGCAAAGUUUCAUCACUACCUCCUUUGAGGACACAAAGCAAAGUUACCAGUUUUUUCUCAAGCAGCCAGAAAGAUUAGAAUCGGAGAUGAUGGAACGUGGUGUUCGUAUUUCAAACAACACCUGGCUGUUACUGCUGACAAAACCAUGAUCUGGCCAGGUUCUGUUCCGUGACUGUAAUGUGGCCGUGGAGGUGUCUUAACACCGAAGCUGGAUCUGUUGCGGCUGGGAAGUACACUGCACUACUGGACUUUUAAUGUAUCUACUCAGCAGUGAAGUGGAGAUCACUCAUUUACUAUGCCUUCUGGGAUAAGGACUGUGAUGUCUUAUAUCAGUGUCAUGAAAAGUGAAAAUGUACUUUUGAGAAAUAAAACAUAUUUAUAUUUUUUUACUUAAUUAAAGUCACA